AUGGCGGACCUCUCCCCCGCCGACUCGAAUGAAUCGAAGCCCGUCGCUCGCAAAGUCGAGGAAGGGUUUGAGCAGUCGGACCCUCCUCCCGGCGCCUGGGCUGCGGCCGGCGAAGUCGCCUCUUCGGUGGUCGCCGCCGCAAAGCAAGGCAAUCCCGACGACCACGUGGCAUCGCCGAGCACCUCUGCGAGCGAGAAGAAGCCAGCGACCGCGGCCUCGGACCAGACGACGCUGGGUGCCUCCCGCGAGGACGAAGAGCUGACUCGCGACUUCGCCAACGGCUACCACUUCCCCCCCAAGUACUCCACCGGCACGUCGUGGAAGCAUGGCGCCAUCGCCUUCUGGAAGUUCUCGACCAAGCCCCUGGGCUUCCUGAUCGUCCUGUACUCGCUCAACGUCGUCGCGUGGGGCGGCAUGCUGUUCCUCCUGCUCUGCAACGCCGCGCCGGCCAUGUGCUACCCGGACUGCAACGACAUCAACUCCCCGCGGCGGAAAUGGGUCGAGUGGGACUCGCAGAUCCUCAACGCCCUCUUCUGCGUGACCGGCUUCGGCCUCGCGCCCUGGAGGUUCCGCGACAUGUACUGGCUGAUGCGCUACCGCAUCCUCAAGGAGCACGUCGCGCUGCGCCGCCUGGCCGGGAUUCACAAGAGCUGGUUCCGCCUCGCGGGCUCGCAAGACAUACCCGUCGACGUCGGGCCGGACAACAUCCCCGCCGAUCUCUCUCGCGACGUCAUCCCCUACCCGGAGAACAAGCUGUCCAACGCGCCGCUGACCGGCGUGCGCGCCCCCCCGACCAAGAUGUGGAAGCUCGACUUCGUCCUCUGGAUGAACAUCGGCAACACCUUUCUGCAGUGCUGCCUCUCCGGCGUGAUGUGGGGCCUGAACCGAUACGACCGUCCCAGCUGGACCACGGGCUUCCUGGUCGCCUUCGCCUGCAUCGUGGGCGCCAUCGGCGGGUUCGGCAGCAUGCUCGAGGGCAAGACGGUCAAGAGCAUCGAGGGGGUGCCCCUGACGGACGAGGACCGCGAGAAGCUGGCCAGCGACAAGGCGCAGGGCAUCUACCACUAUAAUAACAUCCAGGCCAAGAAGCCCAAGAAGAAGAAGGCCGAGGACCCGGAGCAGGGCCAGGCCCAGGGCAAGAGGCGGUUUGGCUUGGGCCACAAAAAGGGCGGCUCAUAG